UAUGGAAUCCGAGCCAUCCCUAACAACCAAUUAUCCCAGGGCCGUAUCACAACAGCAAGUGCACACUUCCUCCCUCCCUCCCUCACCUCGACGUCCCGACCCAUCUCACGCCGAGCACGAGCAUCAUCAGCAUGGCGGCGGGUGAUCCAGAGAAGCGGCUCCAAAGGGUCAUGGAAAAGCUCUCCCACUCGCCCAAGCUCAGACCCGCGCUCGCCAGUGGGAAUAGAACGGAAUCAGGUUCCAGUGGGAGCUUCGGCAGGGGAGUCAGGGUUCCGUCGUCGUCAUUGGGGUCGAUCGCGGAGGCUCCAUCUUGUCGGCCCUGGGAUCGAGAGGAUCUCAUGAAGAGAUUGGCUACCUUCAAGGCCAUGACCUGGUUUGGAAAGCCCAAGGUUAUUAAUCCUGUAAAUUGUGCAAGGAGAGGCUGGAUAAAUGUGGAAAUGGAGGUCAUAGCCUGUGAAUCAUGUGGAGCACGACUCCUAUUCCCAACUCCUUCGUCAUGGUCAUUGCAACAAGUUGAAAAGGCUGCUGCUGUAUUCAGCUUGGAGCUUAAUAACAGGCAUAAGCUUUUAUGUCCUUGGAUCGACAAUGCAUGUGAUGAAACACUAGCUCUGUUUCCUCCAACACCUCCACAAAGUUUGAUAGAGAGUUACAAUAUGCGUUCUUGUGCACUCCUGAAGCUCUCAGCGCUUCCUCUGAUUUCAUCCUCAGCCAUGGAUUACAUGAAGAUGAAAAAUCCCCAAUUAGAGAAUUUUCUUUCAGAGCCACCACACUAUCCAAUUAACUUCAGCAAAACUCUUAAGAUUGUUGAUGGCUCAGUAUGCAAGGAUAUGGAUAGUGGUUUGGGAACUGCUGCAAAUGAUUUGUUUUACCAGGUAUGGAAAAUUAUCUGCUUGUGUGGUUGGGAACCUAGGCUUCUUCCCUAUGUUGUUGACUGUCAAGACCUAUCCAAUCCAUUGACACAAAGUGCACCUACGCCCAAGUCAUCACUACAGUUGCACGGUGAACAGAAUGAUGGCUUAGCGAUUUAUUCAAGGGGAAUCGAGUCAAUUGAAUCAGCUACGCUGGAUGUCGCUCAGGAUUCUUAUGAUCCAGCAUCAUCUGUCUUGGAAUGCAAAUUUUGUGGUGCUUGUGUGGCAUUAUGGGCUAUUGAAACUGUGCAACGACCUCUAGAACUUUACACCGUACUUGCAGAUUCCAGUGACCAAAAUGAGUCAAUCACUUCUAGCAUGAUAACUUCUAAAGCAGAUACUUCAGGAACAAUCAAUUCAAAAUUGGAGACUUUUGAUACUAGUAGAGGUUCCCAUACUCUGGAUGAUGGUUCAGGAUUGAAAGAAAGGUCACCGGGCUUGAAUUUGACAAUUGCUGGUGGUCCUCCACCAGCUACACAAAAUUUCCAACCGCGUGUUUCUUUUCCCAUUAUCAGCAGACAUUUGAGAACCCAAUUCAUAUCUAGCAAACAUGAAAAGUCAUUCAGGGACCAAGCGAAUAGUGAGUGCUUGCAGGUAGAGGAUUGUCCAUUACGGUCUGAGAAUGAGAUGACCGAGGGCCUCAUUAUCCCAGAUGGUCCAGGAUUGUUAAAGCGUAAACGAAAUGAAAAUGAAAAUUUGAGCGGAAACAAUGAGGAUAAUGCUAUAACCAGUUUUAAAGGAGAGAUAGCUGGUGCAAGCAGUAGUAGUGGUGCAAAUAACUCUACAAAUGAGGAAGGUGUUACUGAUGAUGGUAAUCUUAAAAAUCAAGUGGGCAUUCAAAAUGUGUUAGAGGUUUCUCAAGGCAAUAAAGAGGACACUGUGGAUAGAGAGGCAUCUUAUAAAACAUUGGAGAUUGCUGGGGAAGCUGCAAGCACGAAGGCUAUUGACACCCAAAAUUGUUCCGAGAUUGAAUUGGUGGAAGAACAAGAUAAUGGCACCAAGUUUAACAAUGAUAUUUUAACAUCAGAAUCAAUACCUCACAAUUUAGUACCAAACAGUGGUGAUUUAACUGCAUCUGUUUCAGCUACUGAUGCUGCUAUAGCAAGUGCUUGUGCAAAUAUUGGAAAUGGUGAAAAUAAUUCUAUGCUUAAAACAAAGAUGAAUAACCAAAGCAUUAACAGGUCGGAUUUGGUGGAAUUUAAAAAAAACGAUGAUGCAAAGGACAAAUUUGGCAAGAGAUCAACUGGAAUACAGUAUUAUCAGGCCAGCCAGUUUGAUCCAAUCAGGCAGCACCGGCCCUAUUGCCCCUGGGUGGCUCCGGAGGAUGGUGAAGCUAUGCCUGGGUGGAGACUGACACUUGCAGCUUUAGUUCUGCGCAAGAAGGAACUGUUAACUUCAAGGGAAGAGACCUCGUCCACUUUGCUUGAUGAUGUGGAUGAUCCUGUUGUUUCUGUGCGGAAACUAUUUAUGUCUCCACGCCCAAAGAGACCAAAGGGUGCUCAUUGAUAGCAAAAGAAGAAUGAUCAUUAGCUUAUAGACCCUUCAGUCCAAGGUGAUAGGUGCAUUAAGCUUGAUAACUUCGAAUUUUAUCUGGUUACGUUAUGCUAUGGCCACCUCUUCCAAUAUCAUUUGGCUAUGUGAAGUCUGUCAUAUAUGUAAUAUCUUUUUUGGUACUUGGUCUCCAAAGGUGCGAGAAACCUUGAAUGAGUUGGUCAAAUCCUGGGAUGAUAAACCAUUAGAUGGUGAAGUAGAUAUAGCAAUGCAGGUUCUGCAUUGUCAUGUUCUUUAUGCGCGAGCAAAUACCGAGAGUAUGGUCAAGCUCUUUUGCACCACAAUAAUGUUUGUUCCCGGUCAACAAUGGUCACCUUGGUUGCUAAGGAAUGAGAACUCACGACAGAUCUUGGAGCUGAAUUAUCAGUUGUAGAAAUGAACUUUGUGAAUAGUCUGCCCUGAGUGUUCCAUGUUCAUUGCAGCGAACCCAAAUCGAUUCCAAUUUUAAUUUGAACGGGAACCAGUUUAAUCUAAUUCAGUUCGGUUUGAGUCCAUUUAGAAAGGGCAUCCGUUUGUUAUUUGUUCUGUUUUUCAACCUGGAUUGUAGUUUAACGUAUAAAAUCUAUUUUGAUUCUCUGCACACGAAGAAAGCAUGGAAAUAUGACAUCGGGAAAAGCAUAGAUAACUUUUAAAUUCUCUACAUUCAUCGUUGGAGAAUCAUUACUAAACGUUAUGUAAUUUUUAGCACUUGUGAAAUCAAUUUUUGGUAGUUUACAUU